GACCGUUACCUAUAGUGCCCAAUCCUUCGGUUUGUUCUCACUCCUGUGUGUGAGCUCCUCGCAGACAUGGCUUCCCUCGUCCGCCUGCUGGAAUGGAUCUUCUUCUUCUACUUCUUCUCCCACAUCCCAAUAACACUGCUGGUGGAUCUGCAGCCAAUCCUGCCUUCCAGCUGGUACCCACAGGAGGUAUUGGAUUUGAUGAAAUGGUACGUUGUCAGUUUUAAAGACCAUAUGAUGAUGAACCCACCUGCUUGGUUUUUGAGCUUUGUGUACUGUGAAGCUCUCGUACAACUUCCUUUCUUCCCUGUAGCAGCAUAUGCUUUUUACAAAGGUGGCUGCAAAUGGAUAAGAAUUCCAGCCAUUGUCUAUUCGGCUCACGUUGCCACCACAGUCAUUGCUAUUAUUGCACAUGUUCUCUUCGGAGAAUUUCAAAAAUACAAUGGUGUGGAUCCUCCCAACCAGAAAGAGCGGCUGACUUUGGUCUCAAUUUAUGCACCAUACCUAGUCAUACCCUUGCUCAUUUUGCUCACCAUGUUAUUUAGUCCACGUUAUAAACAGGAAGAAAAACGGAAAAGAAGGUAGAAGGUUUAUGUGAAAGCGACUGGUCUGUGGUUACUACAGAACACACAACACAUUCCGUUCACAUCAUUUACAGCUGUGGACAAUAAUCUGGGCAUAAAGGACUUUCCUAUAUGUUCUGUUUUGAAUUGUGGAUGCUAGUUUGAGUUAGAGACCAGAGGGGUUGGCGGGGGGGUACUGGUCACCUCAUUGUCCUUAACAUAAUCCCUUUAAUUGCCAAAACUACAAUACCUUUGGUUUCAGUCAUAAUAAAUGAAUGACAAUUUUAAUCUUCCCAUAUUUUAAAUGGACCGUAACCUUUUUCUUUUUAAGAAUAUGAAAAAUUAAUGACAGUGUUCAACAUAUAAAUGGGUACUACCCCUUCCUUUCUGGGUGCUUAUUCUGGGCAGAAUUGGUUUUAUAAUUACAUUGUGAACAGACUCUUUUUUUUUUUUCCCCCUUUGAUGUCUACUGGUGUGUUUGUAAUAGUUGCUUUACAUACUUAUUUUACUGUACCAAUCUGUUUAAUGGAAAUGUUUAAAACUUUCAAAGCCCAAGUUUUUUUUUUUUUUUUUUAAAUCAUUGAAAUAAAGUUUUAUAUUUUAAA